GCUGGGAGUUUCUGCUUAGGGUGAGUGAGCAACUGAGUAAGCGAAGAGGAGAGAGAGGUCAGCGCCUUUCUCUCGGAUUUCGGCUGCCCUUAGCGUCGGGCAACUCCAGCGGAGCACGCAGCAGGGCUGUGGCCGGGCGGAAGUGACGGCCGUUUCACCUGCUGGGCUGCGAGAGGACAGAGGAGGGCGGCGCGAGCCGGCGAGUGUCCGUUGGGAAUUCGCUCGAGAGUCGCUCCUUUCCCUCUGGCCGCCGGCGACUGCUCUCGCUCUAUCUCUCUCUCUCUCUCCGCCAUGGCACCGCUGCUGCCGCUCUUGUGGGCUGUAACGUUUCUUUGCGCAGAUCUAAUUGAAGGUGUAACAAUAACAUCGACAGAACAGACCAUGGUUACAAAAGCUCAAGGAGAUAAAGUUACAUUGCUGUGCACAUUUACUCUCACUACAGCAGAUGAAAGCGCAGUUGAAAUUGAAUGGAGUAUUUCGCUACCGAAAGGGGAAGAACCAGUUAUCAUAUAUAGUGAAGGCAAACUUUAUGAUAAAUAUGGUAUGAUGGGACGAGUACAAUUUUCUAAACAAAAUCCAGCAUCUGGAAAUGCAAGCAUUGAUAUCUUAAAUUUAAAACAAGAAGAUACUGGCACAUACCAAUGUAAAGUGAAGAAACUCCCUAAUAUUAAAACUCAUAGAGUCCAAUUGAUAGUACUUGAAAAACCCAUGAAGACUAAAUGCCACAUUGAGGGAUCACAGGAGAUUGGAAGUGAUCUUACUCUGAAAUGUAAAUCCCAUGAAGGCUCUCCCAUCAUAGUUUACUCCUGGGAAAAAACAACUGGUUCACAAGAACUUCCAGCAACAGCAUUACCAAAUGAAAAUACAGGUGACUUAUUUGUGAAAAAUGCCUCUCAGACUUAUUCUGGUACUUACACAUGUUUGGCUUACAAUAAAGUCGGCAGAGAUGAAUGUUCUAUCAUACUGACUAUUACACCCCAUAUAGAUAGAGCUGGUACUAUUGCUGGAGCAGUUAUAGGAACUCUUCUGGCAGUCAGCUUAAUGGCUGUUAUCAUUUUCUGUUGCUAUAAGAAACGAAGAGAUACAAAAUAUGAAAAAGAAGUACAUCAUGAUAUCAGAGAGGAUGUCCCUCCUCCAAAGAGUCGUGCCUCAACAGCCCGCAGCUAUAUAGGGAGUAAUCGAUCAUCUUUGGGCUCAAUGUCUCCAUCUAAUAUAGAUGGUUUUACCAAAACUCAGUACAAUAAAGUACCGAGUGAAGACUUUGAACGUACUCCCGCUCAGAAUCAGUACUUUGAUCCACCAAAGUAUGAAAACGCAUGCAGGAUGGGUGACAUAACGGUGGUAUAAAGUUGAAGAAACGUCAUAUAUCAUGAAUUUUACAUUAAGAAGGAAAUGAAGUACUCUGUUUUAGCAUUCUGCUUUAAUGUCUGCAGACAAUGUAGAGUAAAUCUACUGGUAAUAUUUGCCUCUCAAAUAUUUAAAAGUACACUGCUUGAAAUUUUUAUAAGAGACCCAGACAUGAAAAAUGUGAAAAUAUGAAAAGAGAAAUGAAAUUGAUUGAAGAUCAUGCAAUUACCUACUUGAAUGGAGCAAUUUAGGCAUCAAACCUUCUGCUUAGUGCACUAAUUUAUAUUAAAGCACCCUGACAGAUGGCUGCCUGCUUUCUUGGGACACAACCAAUGAGUGGAAAUGUAUGGUUGAUUUCAUUGUUGAACUGUUCUUACAGUCAGCUGAUUUAACAUGUAAUGGAGAUAAUAAGUAAUAUAGUGUCAAGUACUUAAUUAAGUAAAAGAUGUAUUUUCUAAUGUACUUUAGAGCCAAUCAGUAUGAUUUAACACACUGCCUUUCAGAUUAUAUAUUUAUGCUUUUUUAAAUUGUAUGGAUCUGAAUUUUUUAAAAUGUAUGUCUUAUUUUUUAUUAUUUGAAUACAAUUAAAAAAGAAACUAGAAUAUACAAUGCAAAAUCAUAAAACCAUAAAGUAACAAAAACAUAAUGCAGAUAUUCAUGACUAUCUUUUUUACACAAACCAUUCAAUAAAUGGUUCUAUUUCAUUAUAAUUAUCCAUAGCUAAUGAUAACUAAUUUCUUGAUAAUAUCUGUUUUUUAAAUUGAUGAGAACCUGGGGAUCAUAUGCGUAUGUUUCAAAUUUUAAAAUAAACCUUAACUGAAGUCCUUUUUUAAAAAAUCCCCCACUUAAUAUCAACAGGUAUCAUGUGGCCUAUUUGUUUUGCAUCCUUCAUCAUUCUUUAGGAGGCCUUGGCUGAAUCACUUAUUAGCUUUUUGUUGCUUUAUUUUAGAAUGGGAUUCCUUACAAGAGGAAUUGGCAGAAUCUCUUGUAUUAUUUAUAAUGAAAUAUUUAAUGCCAUUUGAAAAAUCCUGGGGGGGAAAUCCUUAUGUAAUAAACUAUAGGGAGAUACUUGCUUUGGUUUUUUCAUGCAUAAAUUUCUAAAAUAGGGAAGUAAAUUAUAGUAGUUUAAUAUACAGUAGUUAAAUCUUUUAUUUGGAAAUGAUUCUUGAGAGUAUAAUUUAACUUCAGAAUCAAGAAUUGUGAAAAGCUGCAAAAUUAUGUUUUUAGGACUGUAAUGUGAAAUGUGUGUAUACCACAAAAAUAGAAAUAAAGAGGCAAUCAAGGGAAUUGAUAAUUCAUAAAAAGAUGGAAAUCUUGAUCAUAGUUAAUAAAGCUAAAAGUCUCACAAUUGUUCAAGAUACUAGCUGUCAUAUUUAUUCUAUGUGAAAUCUGAUGUUUAAUAUAUCAGUGUCAUUCUUUACAUCAUACAGAACAUUGUUUUGUUUUUAUAUGUUGUAUUUGUACAUGUAAAGUCUCAGGACAGAAUGAUUAUCAAUAAGGGUAGCAUCUCCUUACCAGUCUUAACCCAUCUCUGUCCCUUUCUGUUUUCCUUGCUUUUACUCCUUAACAAUACCAUAUUUAUUUUCCUUCUCCAAAACUUCCCAUCUUUUCUCCAAAACAGUCUCGCUAUCAAGUGUCUGUAUCCAAGUCCCUUCUAUUUCCAUUUUGAUUCUAAAUCAUAAUUUCCAUUUCUACCUGCUGCUCUUGUAAUCCUUUUCAAAUAAAUGUAAGUACAAACAUUAUUUCUCUUCUUCCUAAUUAUCCCAGUACUCAGAUGAGCAUUCCAAAGGGUGGGGGAAUGGCGAAAACAGCCUCAGUCAUUUCAUUUCCCACUUAGCGAGUUCUUUGCUUAACAAUUGAUGUCCAUACAAACCGUGGUCAAAAAUGAGGACUACCUCUAUAUCUAUAAUAAUAUCUAUGUCUACAUCUUAUUAGUCUAUUCUUUGUUGCUUGAGCACACCAAAGAGUUUAGCCACCUUCAAGUUGCUUUCUGGUGCUGUUUGCUGUUCUAAAUUGCUUUGGCAAUUUCUCAAUCUGUGCUGGGGUGAGAAUAGGAAGGUGUUUUUCCAGAUGCUGCUCCUUGUUGCUGCUGAGUGAUGAAACUGCUGGACUCUUGUUUCUCUUUCAGCUUGACUGCUGCUGGCAUUGUGAAGUCCUUCCUGUUUUGUUUUGUUUUUUACUAUCAGUUGUCUAUUCAACUGACUUAUUCCACUCUCAGCUGCAAAUCCCUUUCUAUUCUUUCUUACACACAAACACCUACACACCUACAUUCCUGGGCUCUCAGUGUUUUACUUGUAUGCUUUCAUACAGGGAAGAAAAAGGAGCUUUUGCCUGGCACUGCAAGGCUUUCUUCGCCCACACUAUGUUUAAUAUUUACAUUAAACUGUAGGGUGAGCUCAUUUUAUGGCAUGGAUUGAGAAACCAAAGAGUAUGCUGAUGACACCCCGAUUGUUCCAAGUAAUGCUAUGAAGUUUCUAAGUGUCUGGAGACUGGGAGUGUGAACUGUGAACAUGUUUCAGCUGAGUCACAGUAAGAUUGAUUUCAGUUAGAUCAGAGGUGGGCAAUUAAUUUUUCCAAGAGGCCACAUGAGAAACUAUGUGUCUAUCCGAACCAAUAGGGCCCCUGCUGCCACAGGCUCUACAGACAAUGGGCUAGAUGUAACCUGCAGACUGAAUGCCCAGAUCUGAGAUUGAUCCUGAUCCUGCAUUUGUCACCUGGACUUGGUGACAUGGAUAUGUGGAAUAACUGUUCAGCUAAUACCUGUUCAGCUAUUCAUCUGGUGUUAAUUUGUUAUUGGUGUCUGUUUUAAUUUCAUCCUUAGAUUAUAGGGUUUUUUUAAAGUAUAGUUUUUAGCUAUUUUUAUCCAAGAGUCUUGAGUUUGAGAUAGGCUGCCAUAUAAAUUUAAAUAAUAAAAGUUUCCUUCCAUAACCACUGGACACAUUAGAAAGUUGAAUAAAGAAUUAACCAUUUCCAUAAUAUUGGCAAGUAGCGUAGGUUGUGAGGUUGACACAAGAAUAUUGGGUUGUGGUGGCGCAGUGAUUAGAAUGCAGUAUUGCAGACUGCAUUCCCAUUGCCAGGACUUUGAUCUUGACAAGCUCAAGGUUGACUCAAUGUUCCAUCCUUCUGAAGUCUGUCUGAGUCCUUCGGGAGAUAGGGCGGUAUACAAAUAUGAAUAAUAAAUAAAUAAAUAAAUAAAUGAGAACCCAGAUUGAGGGGGAAAUAUGCUGACUCUGUAAAUUGCUUAGAGCGGGCUGUAAAGCACUAUGAAGUGGUACAGAAGUCUAAGUGCUAUUGCUAUUUUUAUCUUUUACAUUUUAUAGAACAGAAUAUUUUAUUUGGCAUACAUUAAUUAGGAAUAGUGAGGGCAUGCAUUAUAUACUUUUGGCAAAUGUUUAUUUUUUUGUUCAUUAUAAUAAUUUGAUAUGACAGAUUAAUUUCAAGGUGUUUUCAGAUGGUGAAAUUUACAGCAAAGCAUAUUAAUGAGUAAUGAAAACAAAAAUAGCUGCUUUACAGACCUAUAAUUAUACUCUCAACCAAGUAUAAACAUGUUUUAUCAAAUGUGCACUUCAUUUUAAAUAAAUUACAAAGUUAGAUUUAGUCAUUAUUUUGUUGCUCCAGCCCAGAAUAUGAAGAAAUAUUAAUAGACAGAAAGUAAAGCAUAAUAUCAUUUUCUUUUUCUUCUAUUUUAUUUCGUUAUAUAUUCGUUUUCCAUUUCUAAUGAUUUAUCAUGAACUUCUGUACACAUUAGGACAUUAUUUGUUAAUAACUUUUAAUGUAUAAAUAAAUAUGCUUCAGCAAAAAAAUCUUUUCAAAAAAAUGAAAAGAAUGAAAUUUUAUUUUGUAGAAAAAAUAAUUGACUAAAGUAUUCAUUAAAUUCAGUUAGUCAGAUAAGAUUCUGCUUACAAUCCUUUUAAGGUAAAAAAAGUCUUUGAGUCUUUUUACUUAUGACAUCUAGCAGAUGGCAGUUUGAAAACCGAAUUAAGUUGGCACUCUGGAGCAAAAGUUUUUAAUUGUGAAGGUUCAUCUUCAAUGUAGCAUCACACCUGUGCUAUAGUUCUGUAAAUGUUAGCAACCUUUUUGUAAGCAGCUUGUAAUACUUUUUCAUGCCAACAAUUUAUCUCAUCAAUAUUUAGAUGAAUUUAAAAAAUAAGAAUCUGCUUACCUCAUUAAAAAAGUUAAGUAUGAUUCAGUAAUGAGGAUCAAGUGAUUUUUUUUCUUUUUACGACCCUGUAAUCCCUUUUAUUGAGGUGGGGAUAACUGAGUGAAGCUGAGUGUUUACCGGCUGGAUGCCCUUCCUGACAUCUAUGUGGAGUUUGCAGCAGAUAUUCUUUUUUCUUUGUGCCCCAAUAGAAAAACAUCUGUCACUGUCUAGGAUUGAAUUCUCUUUCAAAUUUUAUUUGUUUUAUUUAAAAUAAAAUAAAAUAAGAAAUUAAGGGUAGGAAAAGGACUGGGGAAAACGGGGUGAGAUACAACGUGGGAGGGGGGAAGAAAAAAAGGCAUUGGCCUCUGACUCUUCUUAGCACAGUACAAGAUAAAAAAUCCAUCCUCAACUGUUUGCUUUUACACAUUAAUAUAUAACUAGCCAUUAGAAUAUAUAGUAUAAUGACAAAUCUUUCUGAUCAAUAAAACCAAAGUCAAAGUUUCAUCUCCCGCCGCCACAAGCAUAAAAUCCAGAACUGAUAUCCAAAUGAAAAUAUAUUCUCCUCUUUGAAUAAAAUAAUCAAUUUACCAUUCCUGCUUUGUCUUCCUUGCUAUGGAAAUAGUAUGUAUUUUGAUUUGCACCUAAUAAUCUUUAUGAACUAUCACCAUUUUUGUUUACAAGGUUCAUUGUAUGCUUUCAAAUUCUUUGACCUUACUGAAAACAACCCUUUUUUCAUCCUUUUUUCAAAGAGCUAAACUUUUUUAAAACUUUCUAGUGCAUCUUUUUCUUUGACUUCUUAACAUACAAGUUUUAAGCUUCAGUACAUUUAGAUUUCUCCCUCCAAACUACCCUGAUAGAAUUUUUUAUUUUAUUUUAUAAGCAUCCUUUUUAACAGUUUUUCUUUAAACUGGUACAUCAUUUUCUUUAAUUUUCUCUUAAUAAAGGUACUCUCAAAUACAUUUUCAAUAACAUUUGCCUACUUUAAGAAUUACUUAAGCGUUAUAUAUAAUAUAACAACAUAACGUGUGUAUGUAUAUUAAGUAAAAUAUUUUUCUUCCCUGAAAGUUUUGUCAAGGAGUUGUAAGCUUUUCUUUUUAUCACUAAAUCCUCAACCUUGUUAAUAAUCUUAAAAGUCCCAAAUUUGUCUUUCAGUUUUGUUGAGAGAUUUAUAUUUAAAUAAUAGUGAAAGUUAAUAUCAGGUUCUUCCAAAACUACAAUUAACUCCUUUGCAUUUUCAGCUACUUGUGAAGUUUCAGCUGCUUUGUGAAGUUGCCUUGGUAGUUUGGUAACAUUCUCCACAUGUUUGCAUCUCAGUAGUUUGAGAGGAUUUUUUAUCAUCCUUGGAGCACAGCUGGUCAAUAAAUUGGCAGAUUUUAUUUAGAGACCUUUCAAAUAUGUAUAUCUCUAAUACUUUUUCCAUCUUAGCUUCCACUUUUAAUCAGGAUCAAAAAAAAUUAUUGGCAGAUUUUAUUUAGAGACCUUUCAAAUAUGUAUAUCUCUAAUACUUUUUCCAUCUUAGCUUCCACUUUUAAUCAGGAUCAAAAAAAAUUAGCCACCUACAGCAAAGAACAAGCUACAAGUGAUUACCAAAAUAAACUAAAAUCCAGCUUUAUAUGUCUCAGUCAGCAUUUUUUUUUCACUAUACUUCCUUAUUUGGCUUGCCUUAGGAACCUUCUACAUUGUUAUUUAAGACAAAAAACAUUCCCUAAAAUGGCAAGAGUCUCCAAAAGGCAUAGCAAGAUGUGUCUAAAGAGAGCCUCUUGUGGAAGUGGCUCAAUGGGCAUGGCAUCGCUUGGUGGGCGUGACAGGGGAAGUAUACUAUAUAAUCUCCAUUCCCUCCCCACUCCAGGGGAAGGUUACUGCAAAAUCUCCAUUUCCUCCUGUUCAGCUGUGACUUGGGAGGCAGAGAAUUGAUGGGGGGGGGCAAUCAGAGGCCAUAUUUACCAGUUCUGUGAACUACUUGAAAUUUCCGCUACGGGUUCUCCAUUUACCCACCUUGGAGGAUGGAAGGCUGAGUGAACCUUGAGUCUGGUGAGAUUCAAUCUGCCAAACUGCUGUCAGCCAGUGAUCAGCAGAAACAGCCUGUAAUACUGCACUCUAACCACUGCACCUCUUAUUUUUUGUUUAUAUAUAUAUAUAUGAAGAAUUUUCAACAGUUAGUAACUUUUGCCACCAGAGGGCAUACAUAAUACAGCAUACUUGAUAAAAAUUUGGUACAGUAUGAUUUUUUUUGGGAUUUUUUUUUAAACAACCGCCUUUUCCUAGAAAAUAGAAAAUACUAGCAUCUACAGUUGUGUAAUAACUAUAUAUUACUUCAUUUUUAUUUUACUUUUAAUUUCAAUUUAUAAUUAUAAAUUGUUACUUAAUUGAAAUAUCAAAUUUCACAUUGUUAUUGAAAAUUAUACAAAUGGUUUUUUUAUAUAGUGAGGAAUAACCAGGAUUAUGCAAAAGUCACCAUUCUAUAUUUUUUUCCAUGCCUAAAUUCCAGGCCAAUAUUGCACAAAACACCAUAUCUGAAAUACGACAAAACACUUUUAAUUUGAGGGGUUACAUUUCAAAAGACAUCCAGCUGGUCAAUGUCUGAAUCAGUAUUGUCCAAAGAAAGAAUUGAAUGCUCCAGACGUUUUCUGGCUGGUUUGAUUUCUACCCAAUACGUAUAAUGUACCACUUAUGCUGCAUUUUGAUAACAAAUUGUCACUUUUUGGUUACUAUUUGGUUACUGUUAUACUUCAUAAAAGUUUCAGAACAUGGGCUUAAUAUUGGUGCAUACUGACUAGGCCUACUAGGUUCAGGCUGCAAAAAUAAGUCAUCAGUGCAGAAGUGUUCAGAUCCUGUCAUGGCUGCCAUUUGCCAUCAAUUCCUCUAAUUGUUGUUUCUCUGUAACAAUCUCAAAUUGUUUUGUUGCAGUUAGUCAAAUGUUUAGAUUUUUAUCUACGUAUAAAGUCCUUCCCAAGGUCCUUGGAUAGGGAUGUUGUUUGUUUAAAGGUAGUCACAGUAUGUAAACUGCUAAACUGCCUUUUGCAAUUGGGUGAUGAUUUUGUCAAUGCUGAAGUGAUGCUCCAGAUGUUUUGGGAUUGCACCCAUGGUGCCUAUUACUAUUGAGACUAUCUUCAUUUUAUUUUGCCAGUUCUACUUUUAUUUGCAGGUCUUUGAAUUUGAAUUUUUGCCCACCUUUCUUUUCUAUUUUGCUCUCUUAAAGUACUGCAAUGUCCACUAUCUAAAGUUUUUUGUUUUUAUCAACAAUUGUUAAGUCUGGAUUGGUGUAUGGCAGAUGAUUGUCUUUUUGAAUGUUAAAGACUCAGAGCACUUGAUCUAUUUUGUGAUCCUAUCAGUUCUUGUUUGCAGGCAGUUAAUUGUAAAUUACAGUAAACAAAUUUGAGAGAUAUAGUAUGUAGAAUUUUUUGCAGAUAUUCCAAUGCACUAUUGUUGCUACUUUAAAGUCUCCUUCAUUCUCAUGAUGUAUGUAUAAGGUCGUAAGUCACUUUUCCGAGGCCAUGAUUUGGAAUCAUUAAACCGUUGGAAGUCAAGGACAGUCUGAAUGAUCAAUGGCCAAACUAUCAUUUCUGAAACUCAAGCUCAAUUUGAGGAAUUAUCUAAAUUAAAUAGAGAACAAAAGCUAUGUGUAGUCCCAACUCUUAGAAAAAAUGUUUAGAUCUGAAAAUACACACACACACUUCAUGUAUUUACCAGAAGGAGAUUCCUCAGUCAACUUACAGCCUAUAUAACUUUUGUCCCAUGAGUGUCAAGUG